AUGUCUGCCCUUAACAUCCCAACUAUCCAGCUUAACGAUGGCACUUCCAUUCCAAUUAUUGGAUAUGGAACAGGAACUGCUUGGUACAAGACCGCAGACAGCGCCGCAGUCGACCGAGACUUAGUGGAGGCUGCCAAAAGCGCCAUGAAGCUAGGGUUCAAUCAUCUUGAUUGUGCUGAAAACUACGGGACUGAGCCAGAAUUAGGCCAGGCUAUUCAGGAGUGCGGGGUUCCUCGAGCCAAGCUUUUUGUGACCACCAAGGUCGGUGCCAGUGUGCGCGAUAUCCAGGCUGCCAUCGACGCGAGCUUGAAAAAGCUUAAGCUCGACUAUGUGGACCUGUAUUUGAUUCACAACCCGUUCUGGGCAAAGACUGAGGCCGAGCUCCAAGAGGCCUGGGCAGUCAUGGAGCAAGUUAAGGCUUCUGGAAAAGCACGGUCCAUCGGAGUUUCCAACUUCUUAAAAGGCCAUCUCGAGACUAUUCUCAAGACUGCCAAGGUGAUUCCGGUCGUGAACCAGAUCGAGUUGCAUCCGUAUCUGCAGCGCGGUGACGACCUGGUUUCUUUCCAGGAGAGCAAAAACAUCAAGACCGUCAGCUACGCCGGUCUUACCCCGAUUACUCGCGCGAAGGGAGGGCCAUUGGACCCCUUAUUGACAGCUUUGGCGAAGAAGUAUGGCGUGAGCGAGGCCGAGAUAUUGCUUCGCUGGUCACUGGACCGCAAAUUUGUGGCCAUCACCACUAGCAGCAAAGAAUCGCGCUUGGCCAGCUAUCUACAUAUCCUAACUUUCAAAUUGAACCCGGAGGAAGUUGAGGAGAUCAGCCGUCUGGGCCAGCGGAAGCAUUACCGCGCAUUUUGGGACAAGCAUUUUGGGCCAGAUGACCGGUUGUGA